GCUCUGUGAGUUCAUAAGGGUCAGCAGACUACGUUCGUUUGUUGAGCUGCUUUUCCACGUCUGUGGCCGAGAUGUCGAUUUUAAUGCACGCCUGUACUUUGGUGGUGAAAAUCCUCAUGCUGCCGCUGCAGCUGGCGGAGCUUCUGGGUGUGUACCGAUUCUACAAGCGCAUGUUUCCUGCCCUCAUGUACAAGAUUAGCUUGUCGUACAACAGCAAGAUGAACGAGAAGAAGCGCGAGCUGUUUCGCGACCUGAUGCGCUUCUCUCCGCGCGAUGGGCCGCUGCGCCUGCUGGAGGUGGGCUGCGGCAGCGGGGCCAACUUUCAGCACUACCCGAGCGGCUGCAAGAUCACCUGCACCGACCCUAACCCUCACUUUAAGGAUUACCUGCAGAAAAGCAUGGACAAGAACGACCACCUGGUGUACGAGAACUUCGUAGUGGCGCCUGGGGAGGACCUGAGGGUCGUGGAGGACAAUUCUAUGGACGUGGUGGUCUGCACACUCGUUCUGUGCUCGGUUAAAAACACUCCCAAGGUUAUCCAGGAGGCCAUAAGAGUCCUGAGACCGGGUGGAGCAUUCUUCUUCUUGGAGCAUGUGGAGGCCGACUCCUCGACCUGGAUAUACUUCUUUCAGCAUGUUUUCCAGCCUUUCAUUUACUACGUCGGUCAUGGCUGUGAGACUACUCGUGCCACCUGGAAGCACCUAGAAGCAGCUGGUUUCUCCGAUUUGCACCUUCUCCACUUCCAGGCUCCAGUGUUCCCCCUCAUCAGACCACACAUUGUCGGUUAUGGUGUGAAAUAAUGGCUGGCAGCACAAACAGUCAGUGCCACAGCUCAGUGGACUAUCAGAUAUUUUUAUAUCACAUCUAUUUUAGCCACAAAAGUACUUCUAAAGUAAGGUUUGUAAAUUGUAUCAGUAAAAAUGUCUUCAUAAAUGUGAGACUUUCUUAUGUAAUAUGUGACCGGUCUAUGUGACCGACUGCUAAUAUGACAUAUUUCAUGAGAUUUGUGCAAAAGUAUUACCCUUAUAGGCCCUGAAACAUGUAUUCAAGAUUUGUAAUGCAUUUCACUGAAGCUUGAAACCAGAAAUACCACCAAGUCCAGUCUGAAGUUAUCUGUUUUGGUGUGUGAGAGAUUAUGAAAGAAGCGUACUGCCAUCUAGUGCCCAGGAGGCAUAACUGUGAACUUCCAGAUAACUGCUGCAGCAAAGCACAGCACACAAACUGAAGUACCUUUGAUGGAAUGCUGUGCUUACCGUAUGUAAGGCAGUGCUAUGCGUACAGAUGCUCACUACAGAUGGUAAACCCUCAUUAAAUCAGUAUAGCUUUUAAGUGUAGCAAGAAAUAAUUUGGUAAACAUGUAACCAGAUGAAAUGUUUACAUUUUUUAAUAAUUAAACCUUUAUUUUACCUUGUUAGACCCCUGAGGUUAAAAACUGUUUUCCAAGAACAACGUGGCCAGUCAGCACAUACAGUUACAAACACAAAAUGAUGAGAGUAAAGUAAAAGACAAUACCCUACAUGAUAAAACAUUACAGCAAUGUAUUCAGUAAUAUAAGUAGCAUAGUAAAAAGAAGUCUCAUUAUUAUGCCUUAUGAAUCAUGAAUUUAUCAAAAGUGAUUUAUUAACGUUUUGUACCAGUAAGAGAAGCUGAAAGCCCAUUUAUGAAGUUCUUGACAGACCUUGUAAAGAGAUACGUAGUAAAGAUCUCAAGAAUGAAGACAAUAACUUACCAAUGUGAUAGAUAUAAGCAGAGAUAAGAAAGAAGCAUGUUGAGAGUGGUCUCAUAAAUAAAAGUAGGGUAUCACAGGCCUAAAAGUGUCCUGGGGUAAAAGGCGCUCUGGAUUUUAUUUGCUCCUAAAAGUCUAGUAACAUCAGUGCAGCCCUCUCCUUAAUAGCUGAUUUCAGUGCUUCAGUAUUGUUUGGUGCUUUAAUAGGUGCAGAACUGUGCUGCUUCCCGAAAACUAGAAAUUAGAUAAAAUACCAUUUGAUCAUGAACUGUUGAGGCCUUUUACAGUUUUUUAUGAUUGCUAGCAAACAUUUUCACUUUUUCAAAACUCAACACAGCGCAGCAACACUCUAUUUGGACUAAACCAUUAACUCUUUUCCCUGCUUGAAUAAAAUAUGCAUUCAGUGAACUCCAUUUCCCAGAUUCUUUCAUUCAAUAAACUGCAUAUCAGCUUGC